AUGGCUGCGCAAACGCCUAUACAGAAGCUUAAAUGGUUGGUACCCUUACCAUCUAUUUUCCCAGGUUUUAGAUUCUCGCCGACUGACGGGGAACUGGUUCAUUACUAUCUCAACAAGAAGAUCCAGGGCUUGGAGAGGAGCGUUUAUGUCAUUCCUGAGAUUGACUUUAACAAAUUCGAACCCUGGGAUUUGCCAGAUAUGACUGUCAUGCAAUCGAACCUUGAGUGGUUCUUCUUCACUACCCGUGGUAAUAGCUAUCUGAAAGGAUCUCAAAGUGCGAGAACAACGCAAUGUGGCUACUGGAAAACAUUAGGAAAGGAAAGCAAUGUGAAAUAUGCCUCCAAAAUUAUUGGUAAAAAGAGUACUUUGUUUUUCUAUAUCGGCCAUCCACCAAGAGGGCAGAAAACUGGGUGGUUCAUGCAUGAAUUCUCUUCCGUUGACAAACAGAAGCACUCGGUUAUUUGUCGUGUGCGAAGGACCAAUGGAGAGAUGUUAGAUACAAGGCUGCCACACUUUGGGGAAAAAUGGAGAAUUAAUGAGCACCCAAAACUACCUUUAGCUCUUGUGCAAAAACUUGCUCUUAGUAAUAAUAAUAAUAUUACUAAUAAAGGUAAAGGAUUUAUGAUGAUACAUAAUUCUGAAUCAGAGCCAAAAGAAGCAGUUCAUAAGAUAGUUGCUGCAGAGAAUCCCAUGUCUAAAUCCAAGCAAGUUGCUUACUAUGAUGAUGAUGAUGAAUUCUGUUUUGACAAUGUAAUGACAGAUGAUUUCAUGAAUCUUUUUAAUGAUGAGUCUUCACUGAUGCCUAACACAAACAGCUUGCCAUUUGCAUCUUAUGCAAAUGAGUUUGAAGGAAUUAUUAAUGGAAAAAUGGAGUCCAUGGGAACUUUCCAAAUUCCUUCACAGGAUGCAGCAGCCAUAGUUGAUAAUUGGUAUGACCUUGAAGGAUGGCCGAGUGUUGAACCAGAGCAGCAGAAACAGUAUCAGAAAAAGACAGGAGGUGGAGGAGGGGAUAAUAUGUUCCUAGACAACAUGAACAUCAACACCAAUAUCGAUUAUGGCUUUGGAUCUAUGAUGGUGGUAAUUCUUUUUGUUUUUGUUUUAGCUAGGAAGAAGUCUAUAACAUCACUAUAUACAACUUAA